UCUUUAACUGAAACCGAAACUGAAAGGACUUUGUUUGCACAGUGAGAUGGCGGAGGCUGCUCUCGCGCUCUGCUGUCCAGUCUGUCUGGAUAUGCCCAGGGAUCCCGUGACCAUUCCCUGUGGACACAGUUACUGUAUGAGCUGCAUUACAGGCUGCUGGGAUCAUGAGGAUCAGAAGGGAACCUACAGCUGCCCCCAGUGCAGACAGACCUUCAGUCCAAGACCUGCUCUCAUGAAAAACACAAUGCUGGCAGAUCUGGCAGAGAAACUAAAGAAUAUGAUGCCUGAAGCCACUCUCUGUUACGCUGAGCUCGAUGAUGUGCCGUGUGAUGUCUGCACAGGGAGAAAGUACAAAGCUGUGAAAUCUUGCUUGGUGUGUGUGGUGUCUUUCUGUGAGCUACACCUGAAGCCUCACUGUGUGUCUGAGGCAUAUGAGGGCCAUAAAUUAGUCACGGCUUCCUGUGCGAUCAAGGAGAUGAUCUGUUCUACUCACAAGAAACCGCUGGAAGUUUACUGUCAGACAGAUGAAGAGUUUGCGUGUUUGCUUUGUGUUCUGGAGGAACACAGAGGGCACGAGGUUGUGUCAGCUGCCACUGAGAGACAAACGAAACAGAAAGAGAUUGAGGAGAUGCAAAGUAACUCGAAAAAGAGAAUUAAGAGACGAGAGAGCGAGUUAACGGAGCUCACAAGAUCAGUGGAGACGAUCAGGCGCUCUGCCCAGGAAGCAGUGGGUGACAUGGAGAAAGCCAGCACUGAGCUGACAGACUUCAUUAAGGCCCAAUGCAGUGAGAUAAUCCAUCUGAUCAGAGCUCAGGAGGAGACGGCCGUGAGUCAGGCUGAGAGAGUUCAAGAGCAGCUGCAGCAGGAGCUUUCUGAGCUUCAACAGAGAGAUGCAAACAUUCAGAUGCUUCUAAGUUCUGAAGACGACUUCCUGUUCCUCCAGAGUAUUAGAUCUCUCUCAAAUCCUCGAAGGUGUGAAAAUUCACCCAGAGUUAAUAUGAGUUGUCGCGGCUUAUUUGGACAAGUGAGGAAAUCUAUCUCUGACAGAAAAGACAAAAUGAUGGAUUUUCUCGAAGAGAACCGCAUACAGUUAUCUGAGGAAGUUCAGAAAGUUCAGAUUUUCAAGCCUCUUCACCCCAAGAACCGAGAAGAAUUUUUGGAGUAUUCCUGUAAACUGACGCUGGAUCUCAAAACAGCUCAUAACAAUCUCCAUUUUUCGGAAGGAAACACCAAGCUGACGUGGGGCGUGGUACAGUCGAAUCCUGAUCACCCAGAGAGGUUUGAUAGUUGGUGGCAGGUCUUAAAUAAAGAGGGUUUGACAGGCUGCUGGUACUGGGAGGUGGAGUGUAACGGCACAGUCAUCAUUGCCGUUUCAUACAAGAGCAUUGUCACUAAAGGUCCUGGAACUGAAUGUGGAUUUGGACGCAAUGAUCAGUCCUGGUGUCUGUGCUGCACAUCUUCUCAAUACACUUUCUGGCAUGAUAACACUGAGACCAAAGGGUUAAAAACUCCCAGCUCAUCUCGAGUAGGAGUGUAUCUGGAUCACGGUGCAGGAACUCUGUCCUUCUACAACAUCUCUGACACUAUGAGCCUCAUUUACAGAGUCAAGACCUCAUUCACUCAGCCUGUCUAUCCGGGGUUUGGUUUCAGGCUCGGGUUUUUAGGCUCCAUUCAAAUUUCUCCCAAAGUCUGAAGUCAUAAAUACUGAGAUUUUAAUUUAUAUAAGUAUAGCAAUUAUAAAUUUGAUGAAAAUCUGUAUUUCUAUUACAUAUACACUGUGCAAUUCUGAAUAUUGUGCACUCAAAUAGACACCAGUUAUAUUGACAUUAAAAAACGUUAUAUGAA